AUGGCUAAUGGCUCUACUAAAUAUUUGUACCUUGCCAUAUUUGAAAAUCAAGGGUAUAUCAGAUAUGUGUUUUUCAGCCUGGGACUUAUUUUAUACUGUGCUAUUUUAAUUUUUAAUGUGAUCAUUCUUCUUGUAAUAUGUGUGGAAAAAGCAUUGCAUCAGCCCAUGUACUUGCUCAUUUCUUGUUUAUCUUUGAACUCUCUCUAUGGCACUGCUGGCUUCUUUCCAAGAUUCCUCACUGAUCUUAUCUCUGAAUUGCAUACAAUCUCUGUCUUAGCCUGUCAUAUUCAGACCUUUGUCAUUUAUACUUAUGCAUCCUGUGAAUUUACAAUGCUAACUUUGAUGGCAUAUGACAGAUAUGUAGCAAUAUGCAAACCUUUACAUUAUCACAGCAUCAUAACUCUUGAAGUGCUUUUCAAAAUGAUAAUUGCUGCCUGGGUAUACCCCAUUUCUUGUAUUGGUCUUCCUGUAUAUCUGACUACACAAUUACCGUUGUGUGAUGACAAGAUCACCAAGUUGUACUGUAAUGGCUGGUCAAUUGUUGAACUUUCUUGUGGAGACAAAACACCUAUUUUAAUUGUAAGUUUUAUUAUAUCAGUAACCACUCUUGUUUUACCCAUGGCAUUAAUUUUUUACUCCUAUAUCAGAAUUUUAAUUAUUUGUCAAAGAGGUUCACCUGAAUUUAAAGUCAAAGCUUUUCAUACUUGUCUGCCUCACAUAGUUACCUUUGUUAUUUUCUCAAUAACCAUUUUCUGUGAAAUGGUCUUAAGCCGGUAUGAGCCUGGUGAACUGCCUUUGUUUGUGACUGUUAUUUUGUCAUUGGAAUUUCUCCUUAUACCUCCGGUUUUAAAUCCCCUUCUCUACGGAUUCAGUUUUCUUGAGAUUCGCAAAAAGAUUAGUUGUCUUCUAACAAAGUGCCUGAUACUGAGAAAAUUUGGGAAAUAA